UUAGCGAACGCGAAUGUUCGAUGCCGAUACCACCAAUCGAUGUCCACAUUCCUCCAUCCAUCCGGCUCCGUCUAAACCCAACCCCGCUAAAUCAGCCUUAACGCAAUCUACCCACCUUCGCUUUGGUCUACCCCUCGGACGCUUGCCAGUCGGUACAGCGAAUAUUAAUUUUUUUAGGAAUUCUUUCGUUACUAAGCCCACCGAUUUUAUUGCACAUUUUAUUCGCCUCAACUUAAUCACCUCAAUUGUAUUAACACGAAUACAGUUCACGCAAUUCAGCGUUGUGUAACCGCCUAAAUUCUCCGGUUGACUCGUCCUUUUUCGGCCCGAAUAUUCUGCGCAAUAGUUUAUUUUCAAAAAACUUUAACUUGAUCUUACAUACAAAAUUGAAUAGCUGUAACUUCGUUAGUAGUUGUCCGAAAUAUUUUUAUAUGGUUUUACAGAGAAUUUCACUACCUUUCCAAAAAAAGGCUAAACAGUGCUUAUUCUUUAUUC